CAUAAAUUCGCUUCUCUUUGGCUUGCUAUCUUUACCAGGCAGCUGCAAAAACCCGGAGACAACCCAACCAGUGAGAGAUUGUUACAGUCAAGGCUACAUUCAUUGCGUUUUCUGUGGGAUCGGUCAGUAAGAGGCGGAGAGACAAAAACUGUAGUCUACAGCAGUAUCCUCUCCUGCAGACGGUCCACUUCAGAUUGGAAAGAGGGGAUUUAAAUUAAGCAACGAAGGCGCUAGAGACAGCAGCUGUGCUGCCUUCGGAGGAGGAGGGAGGAAGAGGAAGGAGGGAGGGCGACUGUUUUGUAUCUUGAAAGCCCGGGCUAAUAGGAGGAGGAGGGACGGAGAAUGAGCUAUUCUUGUACCAGCAGAGGCAACAGCCAGGACCGGUCAAGCACUAAGAAAUCCACCGGUAAUAAUCCGGGCAGUUGCGGUAGCGGAGGAGAUAGCGGAGGAAGCAGCACUAACAGCAACGGUCAGGCGGGCACCAACGCGGACCCAAACACAAUUGCCGGGAUGAAAGUCAAGACAGGAUGCAACUCGACGGACGCGGGUGUCCGGGUUACCACGGAGGAGGAACUGCUCGCCAACACGGCAAUCACUCCUGAGGACGUACUUGGUUUGCAGAAGAUAACUGAGAAUUACCUGUGUGGGCCAGGGGAGAAUGUGUACAGCAUUGACUUCACCCGGUUCAAGAUCCGAGACAUGGAGACCGGCACGGUUCUGUUUGAGAUCACCAAACCACCUAAUACAGAAAAAGCAGGUGAUAAAAGAGACAUUGAUCCAAAUGCUGGGAGGUUUGUCCGUUACCAGUUCACCCCUGCCUUCCUUCGGCUACGACAAGUGGGCGCUACUGUUGAGUUCACAGUAGGAGACAUGCCCAUAGAGAACUUCAGGAUGAUUGAGAGACACUACUUCAGACAGAAACUCCUCAAGAGUUUUGACUUUGAGUUUGGCUUCUGUAUGCCCAGUAGUAAGAACACCUGCGAACACAUUUAUGAGUUCCCCCCUCUGUCUGAUGACAUUAUGCGAGAAAUGAUCUCGCACCCAUACGAGACACAGUCCGACAGCUUCUACUUUGUGGACAACAAGCUAGUGAUGCACAACAAGGCAGACUACUCCUACAGCGGCGCCCCCUAGACGACGGAGGAUCAAACAGGCUCCUGCAGGCAAGACCGACAGACUGAGGGACAGACGGAAGCCCAGACUGACCUAGGGACAAUGUAACACAGUGGCACUUUUUAAAGCCCGUUGAUCCCACGCUCUCCUUCUGCUCAGUGGUGUGUGUGUGUGGGUGUGUUUGCAUGACCAUGUGUUUGUGUGAAAAAGCUUGUUUGCAUCAGAGCCUGGUAACCCGUGCACACACGUGCACACACGUGCACACACACCCACAAAUCACUCUCAAACCAAACACCACUUGUUCAGACACUGCCAUUGAUCCAGUAGAUGCCAGCAUACAAGUGCUUGUAAGGUGUGUCCAGCAGACAUUAAUUAAUCUUGUAAAGCGACAUAGAGUUGUUAUGGCAAUAUGACCAGCACGUCUUUGUAUAGGACCAGUAGAUCCUAGUGAACAAAUAAAUAAAUGAAUGAGUUUGUGUAUAUAUGUAUAACUUGUCUUUCUGUAUAUUUAUUGUGUGGGUGAGUGGGAUUGCGAGUGCACGUCUGUAUGUUGGGCAGUGACUGUGUGUACUUGCACUUACGUGUGUGCAUGUCUAAAGCAUAAUUACAUGAGUUAAGACUUCUUCAUCCAAUACCAUAACUUUGUUUUGCAGCAUAUUAUUGAAUGACUGGGUGACAUAUAUUGGACAUCAUAUACAGUAUAUUGGAUGAAUAAACAUGUUCAUUCACUUUU